AUUUGGACAACUCAAAGUGCUUUGCUCACACUAGUGAAAUGCUACAUGAGCAUGUUUGAAUUUUAGCUUUAACGCCAUUCUCGCAAUCAUCGAGGCCCUAUAGACCAUUCUUUGUACAGGCGAUUGCUGUGGAAUAUCUCUGCCUGGCUUAAUCGCGGUCUUUACAAGGAGAAGAUAGGUCCCGUCUGGUGGUCGACGCGGUUACCGGCAACGGCUAUUGCUGCUCUUGUUAUCAGUGACCCCAACGUUUCAUCUUGACAAUGAUUCCUGCAUCGCUUGGACCACUGGAUUUUUCCCCGGAGCCUGAUCUUCAUCCUUUAUAUCCGAGUUCAAGUUACAUAUCCAACUCGCUGUCACCCGAUUCAGGCCUAGCUCCCUCCCAAAAGUCUGAACUGGUAUCCCAUUCUCUGUCACGAGCAUGCGUAUUCGGGGAUCUAUCUCUUCUCCAACAUCUGCUGUCUGACCAUCAAUCACAACCAUACGUUGACCUCAGCGCACGCGACGAGGAUGGGCUUAGCUUGAUCAGUCUCACAAUCCUAGGUUUUGGGUCUGAAUCGGAGAGAGAUGUUGAACGCGAAGAGUGCGUUCGGCUGCUGAUUGCACAAGGAGCUGAUGCUACCUGUGCGGACAAAGCUGGCUGGACUGCCCUGCAUCACGCCGCAGUUCUUUGCCCCCCCACUCUGGUUUCUCAUCUUAUGACGCAUGGAUGCUCCCCUUUCGCAGAAACACGUCGGCGACUGACACCGCUCGACAUAGUGACUGCUCACACUGUUCUGCCAGGGCGCGAUGACAUUGCGCUGUUACUUGAAGAAGCAAUGCGAAGCCAAGGGUGGAUGGGAGGCAGGAUGGACGAGAAGCGGAGAGCGUUGGACGAGAAGCUUAAACGUAAAGGAAGACAAAAAAGCGUACGCGAGAAUGUCUCAAAAGUGCUUGGCUUACAGAAUCAAUGGUGGGGUUCCCAUGAGGAAGAAGGUUUCUCGUCAGAUGAUUCUGAUGGCGAAGAUGAUGAAUUCGACGAAGAACUGUAUACUCCGAAAUUAGACUUCACAUCCAUGCUCGCAUGGUCUCCACAAGAGCUGUCGCAUAUUUUCGAUGCGGUCAUCACAACCUCCCAUGCAUCUAUUCGGAAUUCUCAACCUGCCAUUACUUUGUACCUCAUGGCGCGUUUUGCAUGCUUAACAUGCGAUCAAACGUGGCUUGAAGAUCUUGUACUGGGAGCGACGGACGCGAUCGAAGAGAAGUUUUUUAGCCGCUCAGAAGAUAUCAAUUGUCUCGUAUUUUGCUUAUACAACGCCACCAUAUGGUUGCACCUCAUGCAAUGUGACGACGCUAUAAACGAAGGUUGUGAAAUGCUGGGCUCAUUCGAGCUCCUCGAGCAAGUGAUCAACUCUGUGUUCGUAUUCAUCAUUCGUUACGCUGAGCGUCGGAUAGAUCAAUUACUGGACGCAGCAAUACUGGACAGUUCGCCCGUGUCGUCGGAAUUUGAAUCUGUGCAAUUCGAAUCAGAAUGGUCGUUCUUGAGGCCGUUUAGCGCCAAGAAGAAGACGAGUGCGGCAAAUACUUCAAAUCAUGGAACACCCAUAAAAAGUACACCAUCUUCACCUCCUUUUCUACCGAGUCGUCCACCAUCUCCGUCGCCAUUUUUGCUCGGCCCCGCGCCUGUCACACCUAAAGGAUUAUCAUCGUUGAGACAAACCCUUUCGCGCGCAAAAGCACCUUCGACGGGAUUUACCAUGGUUUCUGACGUCUCACACACAGCAGGAUUACGGGAUAUGACUUCAUUCUUGACGGCUCUACAUACACUCUUAACCCUUUCGGACGUCAACCCUGUGUUGAUAAUUCAAUUUUGGUCUCAAGUGAUGUACUGGACUUCGUGUGAAAUAUUCAAUAGAGUUUUGACCAGGAAAAAGUAUCUCUGCCGGUCUAAAGCGGUACAGAUCGGCAUGAAUCUGAUUGUACUGGAAGAGUGGGUAGAGGAUAUGGGUCUACCUCGUGGAAUUGCAUCCCAUCUUACACCUGUACGAGAAUUGCUGAACUGGCUUCAGUGCUUGUCAUCGAUUGCGGAUUUUUCCAAUCUGGUGGCUACCAUACAAACCAUGAAGAGCAUUAACCCAUUACAGAUGCGACGCGCUGUGCGAGAUUACAAAUACGAAGUUAAUGAGGGGAGGAUGAAUGAAGAGUGCAUACAGUAUCUGACGCAACUCCAAAAGGACUGGGAACGCCAUCGUGUUAAGAUGGGUGUUGAGGCCAUGCGCAAGGAGAUGGGCGAGCGUGAGCGGGAACGUGAGCUUGAAGACAGCAUAGGGAGCGAAGUUAACGCAAGACCUCCAAGCAUCAACGCCUUAUCAGAAACAUCUGCCGCACAGCAUAGCAUCGACAACUUGUUCGAUCGUACGCACUCACAAUCUGAAUGGGAGCCAGCCAAGGCACCCCAAGUUCUCGGGGAACUUCUAGAUUCUCGCCAUAUGCUGCCUCUUUUCCUUCCGUCAGACCCUCGUGUGCUUUCUGCCACGCCCGAAAAACGGGUGGUCAACGGAUACGGUGAACCGACAGGUGCGCGACCCGCGGCCCACGCUCGGAGCACCAGCCGAGAGAGUACCCUCGAUGGAGGGGCAAUGAAGUGGAGAUGUCGCAGUAAAAGGGUCCGGAAUGUUGAUUUCGAAACGCUACAGUGGGUCGACAGGUUCAGGACUAAACCACAGGCAUUCCAAUUGCCUGUGCCUGGAGAAGAGUACGAGGAGACCUACCCAUCCACACCCUUGUCCGAAGGCAUAGAUGACUUGCGUAUCAACACUGAUGUUCCAGGCGCCGUAUCGCACAGCACGCCACUUACCAAGAGACCAUCAGCCCGUAGUAGAGGGCGCCUCAGUCUUAUUGGGGAACCUUCCAUACCAAUUUCGCUGUGAACCGUCGGACUCAUCUGUUCAUCAAUCUGUCAUUGCUUUACCUCGAUAUCGCACUAGUAAUAGUAUUGGACCUUCGUAUAUUACGCAUCCAUUGUGAUACCGUCUCAAAAAUCUGUCGACCAUAAGUUGACGAGAAGGGAGACUAAUUUACAUAAGGGUUGGAAUGAACGCCUACUAUCUCCAUUCGUCUCAAUGAUGUCAAGGGAGACUGCCUUGACCAGCCCCACCACAACCACAAUAUGACCCAGACAGAAGUAUUCUUCAAUACCGUGGCUUCCGUAGCGAAACCUGUGACUCUUUUGAUGUUACUGCCACGAGAUCAGACUAGUUGGUGUCAACAGGUGUGCCAUAUCAGAGAUAGUUCGGUGACCAACUCGAUUCAAACUGCUCGGUG